AGCUGGCUCUUGUACAUUUUGGAAGAACCCUAACUUAAACCCUAGCUAUGGCGCUAUGGCGUCGUCUUGUUCUUCGCGCUUCUUCUUGUACAGCGCGGCGAGCGGCCGGUGCGAUUGAGAGGAGCGAUCAGGACUUGCAAUGGCGCUGGAGCGGCGAUCUCCUCUUCUCCAGGAGCUACGCUAGAAAUACGAAGAAAGACGAUGACGAUGACAUUAUCGGCGAUCCUCGCGCACGGCCGAAUGCUCCAAAGGGACCCCGGAUGAACAGAGCCAUCGCCGAUCGCUUCAUUCGCCUUGUCGAUUCAGAAGGUCACAAAGUAGUAACGAGAGAGGAAGCGCUCGGCCUUGCUGAGAAGCAGGGACUAGACUUGGUCGAGGUUGAUCCAUCCAAGGAACCGGUUGUCUGCAAACUUAUGGACUACAAGAAGGAGAAGUACAAGGAAAAAGUCAGGGAGAAAGAACGCAAGAAGACGAAUUUGGAGUCUCGAAGGCUGAGUGACCUGAAAGAGCUUCAAGUGACUUCUAAGAUCGAGGAGAGAGACCUUGAGAUGAAAGCAGACAUGGCAUCGAAACUUAUCCAGCGAGGUCAUCGCUUGAAGUUUGUUGUCAAGCUCCCGAAUAAACCAGUCAAGGACGACGAAGGUCCAGUCAGGUCAGAUCCCAAAGCAUUGAAGCUCAUCGAUCGACUCAUCGAACUGCUUAAGGAUGUAUCAAAGCUGGAACAAGGUCCGCAAUCCGAAAGACAUCGUGCUUGGGCGAUUCUAAGACCACUGCCUUCGACGAGUAAGCAGCAGCAGCAGCAGCAAAAAGGCUCCGCUCCCAAGGCCUCUACUAAAGGCCCUGAAAAGCCUGCGCCGUGACUAACCAAAGAGGUAUCAAUGUUUUGAGGGAGCCAUUCCAUUCGAAUCGAGAUGUGUGGUGUUUUACUUUCAAUGCAAUCAUCAGAGACUUGGGGACUGAUAUGGACAAGUUCUUCGGCAAUAAAGAUGGUGAGCACAGCCAGCCAGCAACAGGAAGAAGUGGAUCGAUCGGCACAAAAGCUUUUCUAGGAAAACGAAGGAAAAAAGAAGAACAGGAGGCACAGGAACAGGAGGAAAGGAACUUGGGCGACACUGUUUGAAGGACGUGACACGAGAUGAGCUGGAGGAGGGGCCAAAGUUAUAGUCCGCUACGACGACGAGUUUUUCUUUUUCUACCAGAGCCAAAGCAAAGCAAGCAAGCACGCAACGACGCCAUCGCCUUUGCGAAGCACAUGAUUGUCAUUGCAGUGUGACAAUUGACCGGCGUACCCGAAAGAGCAUUGGUUGAGACAAGGGAGAAAGCGUACCAUCGGCGCGGCAUUAAAAAUUCGGGGGUGGCCUUAUAAAAACUCGCGAAGCAGUCAGUCAGGUGGUGGCUCACGCGGGGAAGAACGACUCAAUCGGCGGGACGAAGAUGAGAAGCUCUCCCUUCUUUUCUUCUCGAGAAAGAAGGAUAACUUCCUCGAAAAGAAAGAAAGAGAAGCUCUCGGUUCCAAUCCAGAGAGCCGUGCUGCUCCUACUUGCCUCUCUCCUGACGCUACUGCGCCAAAGUGGCGAGAUUUGUGUUGUUUCAAGGUGGUGGAGGUGGGCUUGAUUUUGGAGGAUUUUGACCCCGAGCUUUUGCCUCGUAGUGCUGCCGCUACAUGGCUAUGGCGUACUGGAAGAUGCUUUGGAUUCACACACUGAAAGAGAGGGAGGAGCUCUCUCAAUCAUUCGAGACCAUGCAUAUGAAAAAAAGAGGCCCCGGGACAAAAUAGCACAGGCAUGUGGAUGGUGCAAAGCCAUCCAUCAACACCUUAGCGGCAAAUCUUUCGCUAUCUUUUGGAUGCUCGUCUUUGUCAGCUCGCUCCAAACAAAAACAAACACGCCCCCGGGGUUUUAGUAUUCAAUCCCACACUUUGCGACGAACAUUAUACGCAGUGAAAUCUUGCCUUGGGCAGUAAGAUUUGCCAUUGAUAUUAAUAAAACAUUUGAGAAUUGUAAUCAAUAAUAA